AUGGCUGCAAACUUUUGGGAUUCAACUCAUUGGAAAUCUUGGAUAUUGGAUAAAUCAAAGUUAGAAUACUCAAAUGCAAAAGAUAAACAAUACAUUACACAUACCGAAUUAAAAAGAUUAAAGAUACAUUAUUGUAAAUGUAAGAAGAGAAUAUAUCUUUAUCAAUUUAUUUAUUUAUUAAUAAAUUUCGACUUCUUAGUGAUACAUCUUUUAGGAUCAACAUUGAAAAUAAGACAAAGAGCGAUUGCAACUGCUAUCGUUUAUUUUAAGAGAUUUUAUUUAAAAAAUAGCUUUAUAGAUUGUGAACCAAGACUGAUAGCAACAACAUGUCUGUAUCUAUCGUCAAAAGUAGAGGAAUGUAUAACACAAGCUAAAAAGUGUGCUAUCAAGAUGAAAGAGAUCGAUCCUUCCUACAAUUUCACUAUGAACGAUAUUUUGGAGUGUGAAUUCUACGUACUUGAGGAGUUGAAUUUCGAACUCAUUAUAUAUCAUCCCUAUAAGAGUUUACCUGCGUAUUUACAAAACUGUGGAUUAGAUUGUUUAGAUUCAGUUUGGGGUAUCGUUAAUGAUUCGUACAAAACUGAUGUUUCAUUACUUUAUCCACCGUAUGUAAUUGCACUUGGUUGUAUAUAUUUAGUUGCCUUUAUUAAAAAGAAAGAUUUAAAACAAUGGUUCUCCGAUUUAAAUGUAGAUAUGAAAGAAAUUUGGGAUGUAGCAAAAGAAUUGUUAGAUUAUUAUGAAUUUGAUAGAGUAUUGAUAACACCUGCAGAGGCACCAGAGGCAAUAUACGCAAAACUGCCUAUAAGAGUAACCAGCACAACACCACCUGUACCAACACCUCCAGCAAGAAAAUAA